ACGGCUGUAUUGUUCCUGUGUGUGGUUUAGGAGAUUAGUAGGCGGAGUCAGGACACGGGUGCCGGCUAUGCGGCCAAUCAAACGUCGAGGUGUGGCUCUUGUGGGCGCGGUCUCUGUCAAAGAGGCGGGACUAGAAGCGGAAGUGUGCUUCGGUUGAUCUCUCACUGUCAUUCGGCCACGGUCGGCUUCAGGAGAAGGGGGCAAGCCAAAGCUCACUCGCUCACAUCCACAAGGACUCAGGCUGGAUAAAAAUCGUGAAACCAAGCUUAAAAUGAAACCGACCGAAUAAGGCUUGCAACACAACGUAACGGAGAGAAUUUGACGCGUUGCCAAGGCUGAUCGAAUCCCCUUCGGAUGACACGGUCCACAUUCGAGGCAAAGCGGUGUCAUUGAGCAGGCAGGACACGUCAAGAGAAGGGAGGAGAGAGAGAGAGAGAGAAAAAAAGCUGACCGACUGCACUGUACGACUCAAGCUAUUAAAUCGCCUGCGCCGGCCUUAAGACAUCCUUUCAAGGACACCAGCCUGCUGUCAUCCCGACGGAAGGUUCCCGACAAAGACGUCGCCGAGGUCGGAGUUGGUGAUCACAAGGACCAAACGAUCACGGGAUAUUAUUUGUGUGUGAGGGGGGAGCAAACAAAUGGGGGAUUACGGGUUCGGAGUCCUGGUUCAAAACAACACUGGUAACAAAUCUGCGUUCCCGGUCCGAAUCCACCCGCAUCUGCAGCCCUCACACCACCACCAAAAUGUGUCGCAGAGCCCCGCUGCAUUCAUAAACAGCACCACAGCCGCGGGGAAUGGCACCACGACGGGCUCCCCCUGGCUCUUCCCUGCCUCUGCCACCCACAGCAGUGUGCAAGACGAAAUCCUGGGCGGGCCCGAGAAGCCCAAAGCGCAGCAGCAACAAGAAAUGCAAGAAACGCAAGAAAAGCAGCUGUCCCCUGGAAGUCACCAGGAGGGCGGAGGUGGUGGGGGUGGGAUUAUUUCAGAACUGGAAAAAGGCCGGUCGGAGGACGGCAAGACGGACAGCGGCUCGCCUGAAGGAAGCACCGGGAAAGAGAAGCAGAUCCGCCUGGAGUCUCCGGUUUUGACAGGCUUCGAUUACCAGGAGACAUCCGGUCUGGGCGGCCCGGUCCAGUCCAGUACCACCUCGUCGUCGCUCACCGGCUUCAACAAUUGGUCGGCAGCCAUCCCGCCGGCGCCGUCAACCAUCAUCAACGAGGACGUCAGCUUCUUUAACCCGGCAUCGGCCAACAACGGCACACUGCUGUUCCAGAACUUCUCCCAUCAUGUCAGCCCGGGCUUCGGCAGCAACUUUUCCCCUCAGAUAGGACCGGCCGCUGCCCUUUCGCAGCACCACCCGGCUCCCCCGCCCCACCCCCACUUCCAGCACCCCCACAACCAACACCAGCAGCACCGGCGCUCGCCCGCCUCCCCGCAUCCUCCUCCACCCUUUCCACACAGGAAUCCGCCCUUCAACCAGUUGCCACAUUUGUCCAACAGCCUGAGCAAGCCCCCGUCCCCCUGGGGCCCGGCCAGCUACCAGAGCCCCUCUCCCUCCCCGGGCUCCUCCACCUCCUGGAGUGCAGGAGGCGGCUACGGGAGUGGCGGCGGUGGCUGGGGAGGAUCUCAGGGCCGAGAUUAUCGCCGAGGUCUCAAUGGUGGCAUGACUCCGAUCAACUCCAUCUCGCCACUGAAGAAGACCUUCCUGAACAACCACGUGGCGUCCCAGAAGUACCCUCGCAACAGUCCCGCUGGCUUCAACCCCAAGUCCUGGAUGGAUGACGGCGUCGGUCGCAGUGAUAACAUCUUCCCUUUCCAGGAGCGCACCAGGUCAUUUGACAGUUUCAACAUGAACACUCUGGAAAGUUCCCUGAUCGACAUCAUGCGGGCUGAGCAGGACAACCUAAAAGGUCGUCUGGGGUUCCCCCAUCCUGGCGGGGACAACCCACUGCCCCUCAAUGCCAGGAGUUAUAGCAGGAGACGAGGCCAUUCCUCCCUCUUUCCCAUGGAGGAUGGCUUCCCUGAUGACGAGCGUGGCGAUCAGGGUCUGGCAGGCCUGGGCUCUCCACACUGCUUUCCUCACCAGAAUGGCGAACGCGUAGAGCGCUACUCACGCAAGGUCUUUGUGGGAGGAUUGCCCCCAGAUAUAGAUGAAGAUGAGAUAACUGCCAGUUUCCGGCGUUUUGGACACCUGUUUGUCGACUGGCCUCAUAAAGCCGAGAGCAAGUCUUACUUCCCUCCUAAAGGUUACGCCUUCCUGCUCUUCCAGGAUGAGAGCUCUGUGCAGGCUUUGAUCGACGCCUGCAUCGAGGAGGACGGCAAGCUGUACCUGUGCGUCUCCAGUCCCACCAUCAAAGACAAGCCGGUCCAGAUCCGCCCGUGGAACUUGAACGACAGUGAUUUUGUAAUGGACGGAUCCCAGCCUUUGGACCCAAGGAAAACAAUUUUUGUUGGCGGUGUUCCUCGCCCGCUUCGUGCAGUGGAACUGGCCAUGAUCAUGGACCGCCUGUACGGCGGCGUCUGCUACGCCGGCAUCGACACGGAUCCCGAGCUGAAGUACCCGAAAGGAGCUGGGCGGGUCGCCUUCUCUAAUCAGCAGAGUUACAUUGCUGCUAUCAGUGCUCGCUUUGUGCAGCUGCAGCAUGGAGAAAUCGAUAAACGGGUGGAAGUAAAGCCAUACGUGCUGGACGACCAGCUGUGCGACGAGUGCCAGGGGACUCGCUGCGGCGGCAAGUUUGCGCCGUUCUUCUGCGCCAACGUCACUUGCCUGCAGUACUACUGCGAGUACUGCUGGGCGGCCAUCCACUCACGCGCCGGCCGUGAGUUCCACAAGCCGCUGGUGAAGGAGGGCGGUGACCGGCCGCGUCACAUCUCGUUCCGCUGGAACUGAGCGGUGGCAGGGAGCAGGAUGGCAAAGGUAGUGCAAGAGUCGCAAAAUCAUUUAAUGAAUAAAUGCACUUUUCUGUUGCUGGUUCCUUUUUGCUCAACAACUUUUUUUUAGUUUUUUUUUUUUUUUAGUUCAUAUUUAUAUUUUCACGAGAGAAAACAGGAUUUAUAUCAACUAUGUCCAGCAAGGAAAAAAGAAGUGUAAUGUUGUUUGUUUUAUUUUUUUGAAAUGAAAUGAUUGUUCCAAAAAAAAAAGAGAAAAGAAAAAAAGAAUAUAUAGGAAAGUUGAAGUGUGCUCUGGUACUCUGCUCUUCAAUCGGCAUGCUUUCCUUCAUGUAUUAUUAUUUUUUUAUUAUUAUAAGAGCCCCCCCCCAACAAACUCUUUGAUUUGACAUUUGAGAUUAUUUUGUAGCAGAGCUCGUUUUAGAUUUUUCCAAGACGCCAAUGCGAGGCUUAUGAGCAAAUGUUGAAUUGAAGAAAAAAAAAAAGGUGUUGCUGAAGAAGAGUGCACUUAUUUCAUGUUCUAGAAUAUACCAGUAUACCCUUAGUUGAUAACCAAAGCUGUUAUAAUAGCUAGCGGCACAGGAUAGAGAAGCCCUGAAAGCCAAACACAGUCUCUCUCUCUCUCUCUCUCUCUUUCUCUCAGAAAAAAAAAGAUCUCGACACAUAAUUUCGAUCUCCAUCAUGACAUGCAAAAACUAAUACCUCAAACUCAGCUGCUAAUGUGCCGGAUGCAGUUUAAAAAAAAAAAAAGAAGAGAACAGCAAGUCAUGAACACCUGCCCGUGUUGUUCUGUUUUUCCGGGCGGAGCUACGAUGUUACUCGCACACUUUUUGUACUCGCUAGCUUCGUCGUCACCUUUUUAUUUUUGUAACGGAAACCUACGCGGUCGUGCGCAGAGUGCAUUAUGGGAAUGUAUGGCAAUGUGUGGCUCCGGGGCCCCCUCUCCUCAUCAGUUUUAGACCCAAAACCUGACAAUACCGGUCACAUCUGAGGGGAAAAAAAAGCAAUCAGCCUUUUUUCCCUGUUUGUAUGGGGCUGCCACCAAAUUAAGAACAAACAGAAACAAAAAAAAAAUCACAGAGCUCUAUUUUACAUCGGAGCUGUUCAAAUAUGGCCUCCAUAUUCCCUCCCCCUAUCGAGCAAAGCUAACCCGACUCAGCAUCUAUGUGUUUUAGAAGCAUAACUGAAGACAGUCUACUACAAUACUCACACGUGAGGAGCCCCCCCCGGCCCCCUUCCUAAAUCCAGCAGGUUGGGGAACCAAAGAUGUCCGUGCAUUAGCGCGUCGCACUGUAACUCAUUUCCUGCGUAGAAGCCCCCGCCCCCGAAGGAUUGCAGAGAACCAAAGAUUGGCCUUAAUGAAUAUAAAAUGAAAAUAAAAAUGUUAGCAGUGCAGUAAAACUCCCAUUGGUAUUAACGGCGACCAUAUAUAGACUUCCUUUGAGGCCCCCUUCCC